CCCACGGACGAAUGAAUGGGCCUCGCGCCCGGAUGAACAAUGGACAAUGGACAAUGGACAAUGGACAGUGGACGAUGCGCCUACGGGCAGUUUGGCUGAGCCGCUGGCUCUUGUCGGUGACUAACUGGCCCGUCGGGGCAUGUAUGUAUUCGCGAUUGCCCGUCACCGUGUCGUGCCCGCGUGCCAUGGGGAUGCCCUAAUCGCGGGACUGCGUGUACAGACGCCAGACAUCAAGCCCAGCUGCUUCUGUCCUACUCUGUCCAUUACACUAUGAGCCAGUCAAAUAGACAGCCGUUUAUGACAUUCGGGCGGCCUCUGGGCAAACAGCCACGCGAUCCCGAGACCACACAUGCCGCCCCGCCGCGUAAACGUGCUUUUCUCUUCAGUAAAUCUAAUCUUGGUCAGAGCACCGCACCGGCCCAAGCGCCAGUACUGCCAAAGCGGCCCCCAAUUCUGACAGCGGCCUCCACCUCAGCAGCCUCCUCGUCCGGAGCUGCCCAGAUCGCUGCGCGGCGUGCGACGGAGGCUAACCGGUCGCAGCCGUUGCCUUCAGUGGUCGCCAACCCAGUCCGCGCACGCAUCAUCUCGGGGCUCGCACCAGGGCAGAAUACGGCGCACAUCCGGGACCUGACCAGCCGCAUGCUCAGCAGUUUCCGGUCAGCCAAGGCCGCGGGCACGUGGCGCGUGUACGACGCGCGGUGGCUGCAGUUCAGCAAGUGGUGCGCCGGGCAGGGCUUUGACCCCUACGACUGCGCGCCCGCGACCGCAGCCAGCUACCUGCAGGAGCUCACGGAGAGCGCCCGUCAGCAUGGUGUGGGGCCGCAGACCAUUGAGCAGGCCAGCGCAGCUGUCACAGCACACUUCAGCCUGGUCGGCCGCCCCUCACCCAUGCAACACCCUCUGGCGGCGCUUCUCAGGGAGGCGGCGCGGCGCACUCUCGUGCCGCGCCGCCGCCAGCGGGAACUACUCACGUUCGACGAGCUGGAGACAUUUGUGGCCUUCCAUUUGCUGGACCCAGCAGCCCCCCCGUCGCUGGAGGUGCGCAUGCUGGUGACUGGCUGCGUGCUAGCCUUCACUGGCUUGCUGCGCUUCGACGACCUGUCUCGCGUGAUGGUCCACCAUGAACUGCUGCGCGUGGAGCCUGGCGCGGCGCUCGAAAUCCACUUAUGGCGCAGCAAAACGGACCAGCGCGCAGAUGGUGCCGAUGUAACCAUCGGCGCCACCGGCGGCCUCUCAUGCCCGGUCGCGCUGGUGGAGCAGCUCUUCGCCGCCGGCGCCUAUAACCGGUUCCCUGGCGAGGGCGAGGACGCCGGACCCCUGAUGCGCGCCGUCACCCCCGGCACCGAUGGCGCCCAGCGCCUGCAGCAGGUGACAGCGCCGCUCGCGUCUCCCAUCCCGGCCCUGCCGUACUCGUACGUGUACCCGCGCGUUACGGAGCUGCUGCGCGCCGCCGGCAUCACAAAGAAGGUCGGUACGCACUCGUUCCGCGCGAGCGGCGCCACUGCCGCUGUCGAGGGUGGAGCCGACCGCACCUUGGUUCGCAAGACCGGCCGCUGGGCCGAACACUCCAAGGUGUUCGAGAAGCGCUAUGUAAAGGAGAGCGCCGCCACCAUGGCUGCCGUCACCCGCGCCAUGACCUUCCGUCGUUGAGAACUACUACCAAACUCUGGCAGCACUUUCGGCCACUAGUGCAACCUCAACACGGGCGGGCUUGGGCGGGCACGGCGGACUUGGUGGGGUAUCGGGAACGGUACGGCCCGAGCUAGGAGGCCGUAGUAUGAAGGCCGCUGCGGGCCGCAAGUGAGUUGUGAGGCUGCUUAAGCAAGGCAUGAGUGGAGGCUAUUGGCGGUUUUGAGAGAUUGGGAUUGUCGUUUGGGGCCGUGGCGGUUUGUAACGCUACACGGCAGUAAGGAGUCAAUAAGCGCUGACUUAUCGCAGCGCAGUGGAGAUAAGUCUAGUUAUUGUGACGUAACUGCCGUGUUGCGUUAAAGUCACGCACGGCGCAGGACGCUCGGGUACGUGCCUGCAUGGGGCCGGACCGAGCUGGGUCUUGUAGGCGUCAGGAGCACACGGCGCUUUAUCUGCCGUUGUGCUUCUGUACUGUAUUUUCGGAUCGUCCCUCUGCCGGGACGGUGACAACCCACCCGCCCCCCCUGGCGCCGCCGCGGAUUAAUGUGGUGGUACCCGUGGGCGCCGCGGCGUGGUUGUCUGGACUCUGCCGUCAGGCGCUACGUGCAUGCGACACACCCAGUACUGGCAGCACUUUCGGCCACUAGUGCAACCUCAACACGGGCGGGCUUGGGCGGGCACGGCGGACUUGGUGGGGUAUCGGGAACGGUACGGCCCGAGCUAGGAGGCCGUAGUAUGAAGGCCGCUGCGGGCCGCAAGUGAGUUGUGAGGCUGCUUAAGCAAGGCAUGAGUGGAGGCUAUUGGCGGUUUUGAGAGAUUGGGAUUGUCGUUUGGGGCCGUGGCGGUUUGUAACGCUACACGGCA